UGUUAAAUACACGCGUCAACUAAGCUAAAAGACCUAACAAUAAGGUGCAUUAGAACAUGUUUUAAGUUUGUAGAAUGUUUGUACGUGUUUAUAAAUUUUGAAGAGAAAUACCGGUCCAGUUUUCAUAAUGUAUUCAGACGAUAAAGAUGAAGAAUAUCAAGAGCCAAAACCAAAAAAGCGUUUAAUUGAAGUUUCAAGUAAUUCUGUUGCUUCUGUCACCAAAGAAAUUAGUGUAGAUUCAAGUGAGAAAUGCCAAAAGCCAAAACCAUAUAAGAGUUCAGCUGAAAUUUCUGAAAUUUUAAAUGAUUCUUUUGAGACUGUAGCCGAAGACUGUAAUGUGGAUGAUCUUGUCGGAAAAUGUUCUGAUGAUGAAGAGGAACCCUCCAAAUCAGAUCCAUAUACAAAGCACUUUGAGCAGGAAUUACCUGAAGAACUUGCAAGUCAAAAAUGUGAGCAUGAAUACAAGAAAUAUGAAUUUCCUGAAAUUGGGAAAUUUAUUUUUUCAAAACCAUUGAUACAAAAUUUAGAGAUCAAAGAACCAUGUGCAAAAAAGUAUGAAUUGUUUGACUUUCAUUGGAAAAAAAAUUUAGUUGAAACUCUGAGAACUUUUAUAAAGUGCUUCAGUAAUUAUGAAUUAGGACUUCUUAAUUUGAUAUCAGGUUAUACAGACAUCAUGUAUAUGAAACAAACCCAUGAGAAAAGUAAAAAUUUAAGGAUGUUGUAUUCAUUACAUGCCUUAAAUCAUAUUCUGAAAUCACGAGCAAAAAUAAUUCAUCACAACUCUAAGUUAUCAAAAAAUUCAGAGGAAGAGUAUAGAGAUCAAGGAUUCACUCGGACAUCUGUGCUUAUAUUAGUUCCAUUUCGACAUGAUUGCUAUUGCAUAGUGUCUUUAUUGUCUCGUUUGCUUCCAGAAUGUGUUGUGAUGAAUAAAAAACGCUUUGAAAAUGAAUAUGGACCACCACCACCAACUCAGAGAAUUAAACAAAAACCACCAGAUUUUGAACAGACAUUUGAGGGGAAUAUUGAUGAGGAUUUUAAAAUUGGUCUGAGAAUAAAAAAUAAAAGUAUAACAUUAUAUUCAGAAUUUUAUUCUUCAGAUUUAAUUAUAGCCUCACCACUUGGAUUACGUCAGAUUGUAGGGGCUGAAGGUGACAAAGAAAGAGAUUAUGAUUUUUUGUCAUCCAUUGAAAUAUUAAUCAUAGAUAGAGCUGAUGUACUUCUCCUUCAGAAUCCACUUCACCUAAUCCACAUAUUAAAGCAUGUGAAUAUUUUGCCAAAAGAAUCUCAUGGGUGCAAUUUUUUCCGUGUACGAUUGUAUGCCUUAAGUGGAAUGGCUAAAUUUUAUCGUCAGACAAUACUCUUAAGUUCAGUUGAACAUAUGUGGUUUGAAGCUUUAAUUUUUCAAAAUUUGUGCUUUAAUUAUCGUGGAUAUUUAAGCUCAGUAUCUGAAGUCAAAAGUCCUGUAAUUGGAAAUAUUUUGGUCCCUAUGAAAAUGUGCUUCAGAUGGUUUGAUACAGAUUCCCCUGAAAGUGAAAUUGAAGAUCGAUUCAACUUUUUUAUUACAAAAGUGUUAUCAGAUUUUAAAGAUCCUGCAAUGGCCCAAACUAUGAUCUACAUUCCAUCAUACUUUGAUUUUGUACGCCUAAGAAAUUAUUUUCGUGAAUCUGAAUUAAGCAGUGUGAUGAUUUGUGAAUAUUCAAAGAAAGGAAAGAUUGCCCAAGCAAGAGAUGUCUUUUUCAAAGGAUAUAGGCAUUUCAUGUUGUAUACAGAGAGGGCUCAUUUUUAUUCCAGAUAUCAUAUAAAAGGGAUUCAACACAUUAUAUUUUAUCAAUUGCCCACUUAUCCAGUGUUUUUUCGAGAAUUGUGCAAUGCCAUCAUAGACUGUAAUCCUCGAAAGAAAUAUGAAGAGAAGAGUUGCACAGUUAUUGUAAGUAAACAUGAUUUAUUGCAGUUGAAGAAUAUUGUUGGAUUGUGUGAAACAAAGCGCAUGAAUACUUCAAAAAAGAAAAUUUUUGUUAAAUAUAUUGAACAAUAAAAAUGUUUUGAAUGAGAAUUAUUUCUUGCUAAAA